AUAUCAGCCAUAUCGCAAAUCUGUGGUAUCGUACUCACAUUAUCUCAGAUUUGUGUUAUAAAAAGUAUCUCAGAUCUGUGAUAUAAGUUCCUAUUUCAGAUCUAAAAUAUGAAAUCCAUAUCUUAGAGAAGAAAUAUCACACUCUAAUGACAAGUCUGUCGCUUGAAGUCCAUAUCUCAGAGAUGCCAAAUGAAUGGCGAUAUCUUAGCCGUAUCGUAUACCACUCAUGCACUUUUCCUUUUAUGCUUAUUGUUUUAUCUUGUCAAAUAAAAUGAAAGCGACUAACUGUAUUUGAUACUUUCAAGAGCAGGGCAGAGCAGCAGAGCUGGGCAGCAGUUGUUGUAGUAACUCAACGAGAUGGUGAUAUAAUCACACGAAAGAACGUUAAGAGUUCAUUACUGUCUCAUGUCCACUGAAUGUUGCAUAAAGAGUGAAGGGAGACGAUGCAAGUUCUUACAAAAUUAAUAAUAAUAUUUAAUAAUAUUUAUUAAUUUAUAGUAGGCAAAUAUCAAUUUACCAUUUCAAGGUCAGAUGCUCUUCACAAUCAAUAUAGGUAUAUGUAGAACUCGCUAAUUACAGCAAUUUAAACUGAACUGGUCAAAAUCAUACACCAUAAUAAUAUUACUAGUAAUAAUAUUGAGUAGUAUUGAUAAAUAGAGAAUAAUACAUGGGCGCGUGUAGAUACGGAAUUUCUCUCUAAGUUUUUAACUCGAUAGCUCACGAGUGAGCGCAGCGAACAAGUGAGAUGUCGCGUUGAACAAGAGAAGAGAAAUUUAACCUUUCUCUUUCUCCUUUUCCUUCCCCAAAUCCCAUUCGUGACGCCGUGCGAGCUACAUCAUUUCUCAGUGGCUCGUCUCGCUCCACCCAUAAAUAUAACUCAAGACGUACCGGCAGCAUACUAGACAAAAAGAUAAGAAAAGAAAUGGCAACGUCAUUCAUUUCGGUCUUCAAUAAUUGUCGUUUUGUUUUUUACGAUUUCUGUUUGAAGUCAUAAAGUUUGUUCUUCAUUAUUGUCUUCUGUACUUUUGGUUCACAUGUUUUUCAGAUAUUCACGCUUCGACCAUCGAUAUAUGACGAUCAGUAUGCUUCCACCUUUCAAGCAUGAUUAUCUCCAAUUGCUACGGGUAGACGGUCAGGUGAUCUCACGACAAUGGAAACCUGUUCUCAGUUUGAUGCUAUCUCCAAAAUGGUGUACACGUCCCCAGUCCCCAACUGGGAAAACUUUGACACAUGCAAAAUUUAGUUUGCCGGAAGGACCAAAGUUCACAGUCGUCGAGGAAUCUUAGCAGAAGUGAGGAUCAGCUGUCGCCUAUAAGUGCAUGAAUGUCUUUUCUUUCCCCAAAAGUGAAGAACUGUCUUGUCUCCGUUGGAAACUCUCUUCUAAAAUCGAUGCCGUUCAUUCAAGGGUCCCAUUUUUGGAGAAUUACCAUUGACCAGCUGCAUCGUUAUCAUACAUAUCAGCCUUGUUAUAAUAUUUAUAAACCUUAAGUUUCAGACAUGUUUGUAAUAAAUCUAUAUUUUACUAUUUACUAUUGAUAAGGCAAUAAACUUAUAAUAACGAUUUUAUUCAUAUCUUUUGAAACACUCUACUCCCGUCCAACCUUAUUACAUCCACUCCCAUCACUAUACGAGCCGUCUCCGUUCUUAUUGCGGUUUCCUGCAUGACUUCUUCGCCCUAAUUCCCUUAAGUAUAAUCAAUAAUGGUCCCAAACAGAAACAAGACAGUUAUUCCAUUGUUAAAGAAAACUACAGUUACAAAACAUGUACAUUUUUGGGAAAUGAGUCAUGAAUGAAAGCAAGUAAAGUCGCCGGGAAAGACCUCAUGUUAAAUUUGCUCUUUGCUGCAUUAUCAACCAUAUGGUGGUUAAUUGCUGUUGUGAAAUAACCAUCAUGAGUAAGGUACUUUUUUAUUUUUGGAAUUCAUAUAUUAUACGGUAUUGAUAUUGACUGGAGCAGUCUUGAUGCCUAUAUCAUGCAUAUGGUAAGGACUUCUCGAAGUACAUCAUCAGGCAAAAUAUCACUCUCAUGCAUGCAAUUUUCUAUCGGAAAAAUGUUACAUCAUAGAGCUCGCUUUCGAUGAACUAAGAAUGUAUUCUAAUUUGUCCUCUGGGUUUGUUCCAAACUAUUAUUUGCUCUACUUAAACGAACCUUCCAUUUGAGACGGCUUGUGGUCAGCGGUGGACCACUCAUGUAAUAACAAGCAACUCGUACUUUACGAUCAAAGACCAACCUUUAAACUGAACUGACUCAACUUUCAGCCUCUAUGGCUGGUCACGGAUCACGAUGUCUUCAGGGAGCAAGCGUUAUCAUUUUCUACUUCAUUUUGCUGUCUGGAACUCUCUUCUUCUGUGGCCCAUUAUUCUUUUACGGACUUUAUCGAUGCUUCCACUUUAGUUGGCCGCUCGGUUUUGCCUACAUAGCCUGGUGGUAUUUAGUUGAUUUGGAGACCCCUAACCGUGGAGGAAGAAGAGCAGAGUUUGUGAGAAAUAACGUUUUCUUUAGGUACAUGCGAGAUUAUUUCCCAGUCACGUUACUUAAGACCACAGAUUUAGACUCUUCCAAAAACUACAUAUUUGGUUACCAUCCUCACGGCAUGUUCCCUGAUGGCCUUGCCUUGAGCUUCGGAUCAGAAGCCUUGCAGUUCAGUAAAAUUUUUCCAGGGAUUGUUCCUUACAUUGGGGCACACUCUUUUAUGAGUAGGUCCCCAAUUUUUCGUGAAAUUGCCAUGGCUCUUGGCGUCAUAAAUGUCCAUCGUGACAGCUGCAAGUUUGUAUUGACUCAGCAAGGACCUGGACAUUCUGUUGCCAUAGCAAUUGGUGGAACAUGUGAUAUACUUAACAUGAACCGUGACUCUUAUGUCAUAACUCUUGAGAGGCGUAAGGGUUUUGUUCAGCUGGCCUUGGAGACUGGGGCUCAUUUAGUUCCAGUUUUUGCUUUUGGACAGAACAAUGUGAUUAGUCGUCAGCUUAAGCUGAACGGCCUCCUGACUGCUUAUCACAUUGGUCGCAGCAAAUGGGAGAAGUGGAUAAAAGUUUUCUUGAAGAGCUGUUCGGUACUGCCAUAUGCACAAUAUUGUGUAAUGCCUUAUUCCACACCCAUAACUGUUGUUGUUGGAUCACCCAUCUCUGUGGAAAGAGUGGAAAAUCCAAGCAAGGAACAAAUAAAUAAACUGCAUUCUGAGUAUGCACAGAAGUUGAGAGAGUUAUUCUAUGAACAUAGGGAUGUCUGUGGAGUGCCACAGGGUACUGAGCUUGUGAUUCAGUAGCACCAGAGUUUCAGCCCACAGUCUCACUAGUGUGCCUUUGUAAAGAAACUUUAAUCCAAAUUUUAUUCUUGUGAACCUUACAUGGUGAGGCAAGAAGCAGCACAAUACUCAAAGAAAGCAUUUUGAUACUGAAGAGAUGGUAAAUUAUUUUAGUGCUUCAUUCAGGGAUUUUUGAACACUUAUUCUAGAUCUGAAGACCAGCCCUGAACAACCUAACUGAUUCCAUUUCUCAACAGUUAUGUACUUGACUUCAAAAUAAACAAAAUUUCUUUUGUUUU